ACAUCAAUUCUCUCUCAAUCUCUCUCUGUUUUUAAUAUAACUCAAGAUUACAGAGACAUACUCUUAAGUUUGGUGAAGAAGAAGAAGACAAAUGACGAAAGAAGUGGUUGGAGAGAAGAGAUCUUUCUCUGGAAAAGACUACCAAGACCCACCGCCUGAGCCUCUAUUCGACGCAGCUGAGCUUGGGAAGUGGUCCUUUUACAGAGCUCUCAUCGCUGAGUUCAUAGCCACUCUCCUCUUCCUUUAUGUUACCGUUAUGACUGUUAUUGGCUACAAGAGCCAGACCGAUCCAACCCUCAAUCCUGACCAGUGUGCAGGUGUUGGCAUCCUCGGCAUCGCUUGGGCCUUUGGUGGCAUGAUCUUUAUCCUUGUCUACUGCACUGCCGGAAUCUCGGGUGGGCAUAUAAAUCCGGCGGUGACAUUUGGGCUGUUCUUGGCUCGGAAAGUGACACUGGUGAGAGCAGUGAUGUACAUGGUGGCUCAAUGCCUCGGUGCCAUUUGCGGUGUGGCUUUAGUAAAGUCCUUCCAGUCUGCUUACUACACCCGCUACGGCGGCGGCGCAAACGGUCUAGCUGACGGUUACAGCGUAGGCACCGGUGUUGCCGCCGAGAUCGUCGGUACAUUUGUUUUGGUCUACACCGUCUUCUCCGCCACUGACCCCAAGAGGAGUGCGCGUGAUUCUCAUGUCCCCGUAUUGGCUCCAUUACCAAUUGGAUUUGCGGUGUUCAUAGUUCACUUAGCUACAAUCCCAAUCACGGGCACUGGCAUUAACCCUGCAAGAAGUCUCGGAGCUGCAAUCAUCUACAACAAGGACCAAGCUUGGGACCAUCAUUGGAUAUUUUGGGUGGGUCCGUUUGCGGGUGCAGCCAUUGCGGCUUUCUACCAUCAGUUUGUGUUGAGGGCUGGUGCGGUGAAGGCACUCGGGUCCUUCAGGAGCCAAUCUCACGUUUAGCUUUGAUUCAAGGAGCACAAAGAGACGAUAAUAAAGAGAAGUUUCUCUUUAAUAUAUAAGUAAGAUUGUUGGAGCCAAGUGACGUGUAGUAUCUAAUUUCUAGCUUUGGUGAAGAGAGGUUUUGAGUCUGACUUGUGGGACAACUUUGAAAUGCUACUUCUAUUAUAUCUAUGUCUGUCUACUCCCUUAUUAACUUAAUAAUAUUGCUAUAUUUUCCUA